AUGGCGUCCGAAGAACAAACUAUUGUUUUCAUGACUUAUUUCAUAUCUGUUUAUUUGGGUUAUUUCAUUGUAAUUAUUGGUGUGAUUGGAAAUAUAAUCAAUAUUCUUGUUUUUACUCAAUUAAAAUUAUUUCGCCGAAAUCAAUCGGCAUUUUAUCUUACGGUUGCAUCCAUUGUUGAUUCUUUUCAAUUAAUAUUUGCAAUGUCUACUCGUAUUACUGCAACUGUUAUAGGAUUUGAUUUAACACGAACAUCUCUUAUUUGGUGUAAACUUCGAGUAUAUCUCAUUCGGUCAACACGAAUUAUUUCCAUCAUAACUAUUUGUUUUGCAGCUAUUGAUCAAUAUUUAUCGACGAAUUCUCAUAUUCAAUUAAGACAAUUGAGUACAUUCAAAUUGGCUCAACGUCUUAUUAUUGGUCUUUUACCAAUCUUUAUUUCAUCAUUAUUUAGUUUACUUGCUUAUCAAAAUGUACGUCGUAUCAUUAGACGUCAAAUGUCAAUAGUUCGUCGACGUCUUGAUCGUCAAUUAACUGCAAUGAUUCUUUUACGUAAUAUUAUUAAUAUUCUUGUUUUUACUCAAUUAAAAUUAUUUCGACGAAAUCAAUCAGCAUUUUAUCUUAUAAUCGCAUCUAUUGUUGAUUCUUGUCAGUUAAUCUUAGGAAUUGAUUUAGUUUUUGAUGUAACACGAACAUCUCUUAUUUGGUGUAAACUUCAAGCAUAUUUUGCUCAAUUUAUACGAAUUAUUUCGACAAUCAUUAUUUGUUUUGCAGCUAUUGAUCAAUAUUUAUCAACGAAUUAUUAUAUUCAAUUAAGACCAUUGAGUACACUCAAAUUAGCUCAACAUCUUAUUGGAAUUCUUAUUAUAUUUUCAUUUCUAUACUGUAUUCCUUUUUUAGUAUUUCAUGAAAUUCAUCCUAAUACUGAUUGUACAACAUUUAAUCCAAUAUUUAAUUCUUUUUUCUCAUUUUUUCAUUACUCAAUCUUAGUUGGUACUUUACCAAUCUUUAUUUCAUCAUUAUUUAGUUUACUUGCUUAUCGAAAUGUACGUCGUAUCAUUAGACAUCAAAUGUCAAUACUUCGUCGACGUCUUGAUCGUCAAUUAACUGCAAUGAUUCUUUUACGUGUGACUUUGUUUGUUAUUGCAAGUUUACCACACACUAGUUAUGAAAUAUAUGAACUUAAUAAUCCAGUUGUUGAUGAUCAUUCAUAUAGUGCAGUACUUAGUGAAUUAAUCGAAAUCAUUUUCGUUACAAUCCUUAAAAUUAAUUAUUCGGGUAGUUUUUUUAUUUUUUUGAUAUCAUCAAGUCGAUUUCGUCGACAAGUUAAAUAUCUUUUUUAUAGAAAAGUCAAAUGCAAUUGUUUGCCAAUAAGAAUGAAUAGAAAUCAAGUUAUACCUGAAAAUCAAUUACAAAGUGUUGAAUAUAUUCGAUCAAGUACACCAAUAAAUUCAUAA